AUGACAAUGCGGCUUCUGCCGUUCGCGUGCCACUGCCGAUGCGCUUGCCAAGUCAUUGCAACGCUAGAGGAGGCACAACACACCGAAGAGGCCGGCUACCUCCUCCUGCUUGAUAUUAGGGCGGCAUUUGACUCCCUGUCACAGCCCACCAUCCUCAACAUGGUACGCGAUCUCGGAGUGUCCGGUCUCUUCUUCACGCACGUUACUGCUUUCCACUGUGGUAGAACCAUGCGUGUGCGCAUCGGUAGAGUCCUUAGUGAGCCGUGUCCCGUGAGUGUUGGUGUUCCGCAGGGCAGUGUACUCUGCCUGUUCCUGUUCAACUUCGCCAUGUUUGGCAUCGACGACCAAAUUCGCCAUGCCCUGCCCUGUGAUGUGCGCGUCAUGGUCUACGCGGACGACAUUGCGGGAUUUAUUAUGGGACCCGUACCCAGUGGCUGA